UUGAAAUUCUUGUAAAUUCGCAAUUUUAUCUAAAAAAAAUUCCCAAUUUUUUUUGUUAAAAAUUCACAAUCUCACACAGUCUGGAUACAUGGACGAGGAGACUGCUAACUAUAUUGAGGUCAAGCAGGGGGGACGGCACCUGCUUGAUUCAAAUCAGUUUGAAUACAGGGUUGCAAAGAAGAAACCCAACAAAACCUAUUACCAAUGCAUUCAAAGGAAAAACAAUUCUUGUCCUGCAGGAGCAGUUAUAAACUUUGAGAAUGACAAGAUUAUCAGUUUCCUCGGAGAGCAUUCACAUGACAGUGAUCUUUUGAAGAAAAGAGUACGUGAAAUAGAAAAACAAGUAGUUAAAGAAAGCUCUGGAAAUAUAGCAAUAAGUCCACGAACUGUUCUUGGAAACAUGACCAACAUGGUAAGCACACUUACCAACGAAGGGGUGAGUGCCAUGAGCAAGUCAAAUACCUUAGUACAGGCAGUCAAGAGAGCAAGAGUAGAACAUUUUGGGCUUAAGGUCCCCAAAAGCUGGAAUGAUAUGUCUGUACCUCAACAUCUUGAGACAACAAUCCGUGGAGACAGAUUUCUAGCAAUCAAUGAGCAUCUUGGAGAUGAGAACUCUGAGAGAAUCAUCAUAUUUUGCAGCAGUGAGCAACAUAACGUUCUUAAGUCGGCAAAAUACUGGGUGGCUGAUGGUACUUUUGAUGUUGUGAAGAAAACCUUGUUCUAUCAAUUGUUUAUUAUCACUGCUGUCACAGCUACAGGUAUCACUGUACCCUGUUGUUUUGCACUCCUUCCAAACAAGGAGACCUCAAGCUACCAAAGAGUCUUCCAGUAUCUUAAAGAUGCAAAUGUAACCCCACCAGGCAGUUUGAAGACAGAUUUUGAGAAGGCAAUGAUGCAAGGAUUCCUGAACUGUUAUCCCGACGUGCCUGUAAUGGGCUGUGACACCCAUUUUAAGAGAGCCAUUAGGAGGAAAAUGACUUCAACUGAGCUUGGAUUAGGAAGUUUGUACCAGAAUAAUGUAGACUUUCAAACUCUGGUUCGCUAUCUUUGGGCUCUUUCUUUAGUUCCAGAAGAGGAUAUUGUUAGAAUCUGGGAAGAUGUGAUCAGUUCUCGUUCUGACGAACUGAAACCAAGCUUUGAAGACAAUUCUGAUCAGGUUGAUUUAUUCUUAGAGUACUUUGAGAAGACAUGGAUAGGACCACUCAACUGGAGAACAGGAGCCAGGAGGAAUCCAAUAUUCCCCCAUGCAGUUUGGAACAAGUAUGAGACAAUUCUCUCAGAUGACCCAUUGACCAGUAAUGCUGCAGAGGGGUUCAAUGCUGCCUUUGCUUUAUCUUUGCCCAAUAAUGCCAGCAUUUGGGCUUUGAUCCAGCCGUUGAGAACAGAGGAAAACUCCAUAGAUAGAAAGAUGAGAGAUGUUCUUCUGGGACCACAGAAUAAUGUAGCAACAGCCACAACCAGUCGCAACCUAGGAAGAGAUCAAAGAUGAAUAGAUUUAAAAAGCCUGGUUUCAAACUCUGAAAAGAAAGUAUCCAUACAACAGUACAUGACUGUCAUUGUUGAUUAUUAUAACAACUAGAAAGGAGGAGAGACUUUUUGUAAAGUUACGUAAUUUCUUAUCAAUGCAAUUGUUUAAAAUUGUUUCCUUAUUUAUAUGCAUAUAAAUAUAUAUAUACCCGAGUUCAUUAAACUUAGUUAACAUUUAGAAGGUCUACAACAUC